AUGAGGAGAAACUGCAACUUGGAACUUGCCCUCUUCCCUCCCUGCGAUUCUGGCCCUCGCCACCACCCCAUGGUUGAAGAAGGCAGUGAGAUCAGCCCAAUGCAAAACUACCUCCAUCAUCACCACCGCCAGGAACAGCAACAACCACUCACAAUAUUCUACGAUGGCAAGAUUUGUGUUGCGGAUGUCACAGAGCUUCAGGCCAAAUCUAUUUUAAUGCUUGCAAAUAGAAAAUUGGAAGAAAGAGUGAGAACAGCAAGUGGGUCAGAGCCAUCUUCACCAACAGUCAUGCAAUCUCCUACUCAGUUGCAUAGUCCUGGCACUGCCCUUUCCAUGAGAAAAUCUCUGCAACGCUUCCUUCAGAAGAGAAAGAACCGGGUCCAAGAAGCAUCACCGUACCAUCGCUAG